ACAGAAGCUAGAUUUAAUCACCUGAUGGCAAGAGCUAACAUACAGAACGGCGUCCGAGUGGAAUUGGCAUAUCAAACAAUCCUGGCCAAUAAACAUCAGACAUUCGGCAUCAAGGAACACUGCUUGCAAUUAUCUGCUACCAUGAUCUGCGAAGGGAAAUCACUCGACCUGCUGCCAGAAUCUAAUUGCCUGACUCGUCUUCUCAAGGGAGGACAAACAAGUUGUACUUACGCCACCUGUAACGAUUCCACUGUUGAAAUCAUCAAGGAUGAUACCAUUUUCCUUGACAAUUUUAUAGGGAUUGUAAAAUCAGGAGGAGAAGCUCGGCCAAACACUAACAUAUGUGUAAGCGCCAAUCUAUUAUUAUUAUUAUUAUUAAAAUCAGGUAACGAUUCAAAUACACUUAAUGGUUCUUAUAUCCUCCAUAUGGACAAUGAGACCGUAGCAAUCAAUGGCAAAAACUACUCGAGUACUAGUAGAUCAGGAGUACAGGUGCUUCCACCAAUCUUGGCCAGCGUCACUAACCGCAGUGUGGUAAUGAACCUUAACCUGAUACACGGGAUGACAGCCCAUAAUAUGAAGCUCCUGGGAUACCUCAAGGAGAAAACCAAUUGGUUUGCGUUCACCGAAGGUUUGGUGUUAGUCAUACUAAUGUUAUCCCUUUGGCAUAUUUGGAGGAUUACGGCGAAGAUACACCUACCUGCAUUGAACAUUGACAACAAGGCUAAUUCAAAAACCGAAGAACGUCCAUCUAAUCUGCGGGACGCAGAUCUUUAAAGGGGGAGGAGUUAACACAUCCGCCGUCACCCAACAUGUUGCAUUCCCACAGUCCAGCAAUACACGUGCGCCAUGUCAGCAUAAUUGUGGUUCACAACAUAAUUGACAUCCUACACCUUUGUCAAGGCCAAGUGCAUUUCAUCAUAU